CAGGAAUUCAAGCUGGACGAAACACUGCAAGAAAGACAGCAGUCGCCAUGCAUGUUCCAAGGCUCAGGCCACACUGUGCAGCAACAGACACAGCCAAUGCAAACGACCGAAGAAAUGGUUUGACACGAAGUGAUGACAUGCCUGGCAGUCACGAUGACCCAUGUAUAAAAAGAACGCUUGUGCUCGAGAUGGAAGAUCAGGUCCGACUUUUCUGCUCCCUUCAUCUCACAAGCUCAAGUUCUACCUUUUUCCAGCCAGCCUUCUCGUUCCUAUUGCUUACUUGUCCUCGGCGCUUCCAACGCUUUGCAAUAGUGCACGUCAUAGCCCAAGAUUGUUCAUUCAAGAUGGGUGACAGCCUAGCUUCGCAGAUGGCCGCGUUCACAUCCAUCCCUCUGUUGGGUGGAUACACCUCCAGCCGCGAUCUCGCACCAUCCAUCGCUUUCAUCUCGGGUUAUGCCGUCUCGGCAGUCGGCAUAGACAUUGGAAUCUUCCAUAAACAGAUCCCGAUCCCUCUGGCUCUGCGGCCAUCGAUCCUGAUUUUUGUUCGACUUGCCUGCUUAUCAUCCAGCUGGUAAUGCUUAAUACUAAUGAUGACUCCAUUUCGCUGCUCGGCCUGUACGCUGCAGAGGCCGUUCUGUUCAGCGUGGGCUCGAUCUUUCUGAGUACGGCCUGCUUACCAUUGUCAAAUUGCACGUCAAGUCGAUCAUCUUACACGAUUCGAACCCAAAGGGUGCGAUGAAUAUGACCAACGUUCUGCUCAUCGCCUGCAUCAUCCUCAUCGCUUCGGGCGGUGCCAUGCAAGGAAGUACCAACAUAGAUGGCAUUGAGACCAGCAAGACCUUGCGCAGAGCUGCCACUUUCCUCUUACUGUUCAUCAACGUCAUCCUCGCACUCCUCAUCGGAUGGAUGUGGGUGCACGUGGCAUUGUCGCUAGCUUACGGGAACCCCAAAUCGGAAAGCCAGGUCAGUCCCGCGCGCGAAAUGGUUCGCGUCCUGA